UUGAGGGCAGAAGAAGAAGCUGCUUCCGGAGUGCGUUGGUUUGAUUCCCUCACCAACUGAAGAUUAACGCGAGCAGAGAUGUAUUAUUAUCGAUAUGAAAACACCGAGGUGAGCUGCUGCUACAAGUAUCUGAUGUUCAGCUACAACAUCGUCUUCUGGCUGGCCGGAGUCGCCUUCAUCGCGGUUGGUUUCUGGGCCUGGAGUGAGAAAGGCGUCCUGGUGGACCUCACCCAGGUGACCCGGCUCCAUGGCUUUGAUCCCGUGUGGCUGGUCCUGGUGGUCGGGGGAGUCACCUUCAUCCUGGGCUUCGCUGGCUGUGUGGGAGCUCUAAGAGAAAACAUCUGUCUCCUUAAGUUUUUUUCAGGUGUGAUCGGCUUCAUCUUCUUCCUGGAGCUGACGGCGGCGGUGCUGACGGUGGUUUUCCAGAGUCAGGUCCGGGAUUGGAUCAACGAGUUCUUCCUGGCGAACGUGAAAGCGUACAGAGACGACAUCGACCUGCAGAACCUGAUCGACUCGCUGCAGAAAAUGAACCACUGCUGUGGAGCUCAGGAACCCGACGACUGGGAACGGAACGUUUACUUCAGCUGUAACGGAACCCACCGCAGCAGAGAGAAGUGUGGAGUUCCUUUCUCCUGCUGCGUCACAGAUCCUGCUGACUCGGUGGUGAACACGCAGUGCGGCUACGACGUGAGGGUCCGACCAGAGAGCGAGUGGAGUGAUCACAUAUUCACCAAAGGUUGUAUCACAGCGCUGGAGGACUGGUUGCCUGGCAACCUGUACACGGUGGCCAUCGUCUUCAUCGUGAUCUCUCUGCUGCAGAUGGUUGGGAUCUACUUGGCCAGGACGUUAAUCUCUGACAUUGAAAAAGUCAAACUGACCAACUGAAGGCUCUGUCGAUGUGGGCGUGGCCUACUCCAUCAAGGGGGGUGGCUUUACAGUGUGUUAAUGGACCAACUUCCUGGUGCCGCCCUCUUUUCUCUUCCUCUUUUCUUUCGUUUUCAGGUUUUAAUAGCCUCUGUGAACUGUCACCUGAUUGGCUGUUCCGCUGCCUUAUUCAGGAACUUGUCUGUUAUUGGUGACGUUGCAGAAGCAGGCGAAUACACUGAAACUUCAAUAUAAAAGCACACAGCUUAUUGGUAUUUUCAUGAUCAGGUUCAAGUGUUUCCUCAAAAAACACAACGAAGAACAGAAUCCUGAUUUUUGAAUUGAUUGAUUGUUGCAGUUCACUGAACAUAUGUAGUAAAUACUGUAUCAGUGUGUACUUCAUACUCUAUGUACUACAUAUAUAAACAGUUUUAGAUACUACAUACUGUACUUAGUAUAUACAGCACAUAGUACAUACAGCGCAUAUACAGUACAGUAUAUAGUAAAUGCGGUAUAGUAUGUACAGUAGAGUAGAGUACACACUGUAUAUACAGUACAUAGUAUAUCAGUAUGUAGUCGUCAGUAGAACUCCCAAACAAAAUCGAAUCAGUAUGAAUCAAAUCAUUCAUGUCAAAGAUUUAAAUUAAAGGUGAAAGGUCAAGUGAUCACAUGUCUGAUUAAAUAUUGAGAUUGAAGAACUUUAUUUACAGUAAGUUCAUGUGGAGCUUUGAAUACAAAGUUUUAUUGAAUAAACUUUUCAGGAUGUUUUCAGCUUUAAUUCUUUCAACUGUUUUCUGUUGGUUUUCAUGUGUCCGUGUUUAAACACAAGGGGACUUUUAUUCUGAAGGGAUUCUGUUUGUGUAAAGUAAAUUUGUACUUUUUUAUAUUUCUACAAAAUAAAAGUUUGUUCUAA